UCCUACGAAGACCAUGGAAGCAGGCGACACAGAGGACAUCGAGUCUCUCAUGGAGGACAUGGACUACAUUCCUGGCCACUUCCACCUGGACUUGAACCUUAACUGCGAUCCUAUUGGACCGGCAAAGCUGCGGCAUCGAGACACUUACCUAAAACAGGAGAGCCUGCAAGCUGAGCUGGAGGCUGAAGUUGGAUAUUUGCAAUACGCCGUUCGAAACCUACUGGGUCUGCUGGCCUUUCACCUGGAACAGCUGGAUAAAGCUGAGGAGAUAUUCAGGAGCAUUUGCAAAGAAGACCCAGGGAACCUCAACGCCUGGGCCAACCUGGGCUACGUGUACGACAAGCUGGGGAGGGAGCUGGAAGCUGGCGAGUGUGUGGACAAAGUCUCGCAGCUCAUGGGCGUAGAUGCCGGGGAGGCCUCUGAGGACGAGGUCCGGCUCAUGGCGGCCCGCUGCCUGGCCGAGCAGGCGUACGUUCACCCGUACGACGUGGAGCUGGACGGCGACGACGACCUGAGGGAGAGGCUCACGUCAGCACUGACAUUUUACAACAGAGCUCUGCAUUACGGGGGUCAUCUGAUAUCAAUACAGGAAAAGCGAAGCUGGUACUUUAAAAUGGCAACUGUAUACAUACGGCUGGACCACAUAGUAAAGAGCAAAGAUGAUUCUGAAUACACCAGACUCUCCCAUUAUAAUAAAGGGCUUAAACUCCUGAAGGAAACUCUGGAGUCGGAGAAAAUGCAACACAAAGCGCUAGCCUGGUGUUAUAUUGGCAUCAUGCUGGAAAGGCAGAGCGAGUUUCCGUCGGUGCCCAUGUCCGUACACGACUGCGGCUUCUCGGCCUCCGAUCCUCUGUCCUGCUACGGAACCGCCAUAAAUAUUGCCAAUGAUGAUGCCUUCAUCCUAAACCUUCUGGCUAAGGUGUUCUAUCUGCUUGGCAAACAUGAUAUGGCCACAGGGAUCUGCAAUAUGGCCCUGAAUGUUCUCCCAGACCCGGAGCUCAACUGGCAGGCUUACUGCACCCGUGCCAAGAUAAAUAUGAUCCUGUAUGCCAAAGACCUGGAGAUGGCAAAACAUGGAGAAGGUCCGAUCCCUGACCGUCGGCAGCUAAGUGAGGCGAGGAGAGACCUGGACCGGGUGCUUGCUGUACGUCCAUGUCUCAGGACUCACCUUGAGAUGGCACAGGUUCAUUACUACAUGGGUGUAGAUGCGCUCCAAGAAAGCCUUUUGGUAGAUGAGAGUGCCAUCAACAGUGCCUUAGUGAGCCUGUCUCAUGCUCUACAGCUUGAGAUGGGUGACAGCUUACCAGACCUCCACGUAUUCAGAGGACGUUGCCUGCUAAUGAAAUGUGAGGAGCAAAAUGCUGCGGACUGUUUCAAGCAGGCCAUGGAGCUGGACAAACCAGGGAGCACGGACACCACGGCCCUGCGCUGCCUCCUGCAGGCUCUCCUGGCUCUGUUCAUGCAGGGAGGCCCGGAUCCCAACCCCGCCAUCACUCAGCUGGAGCUGUGGGUGCACAAGGCGGAGGAGAAGUACCCUCAGGAGAUAGUGAGGUCUGAGCUUAGAUCCCUCUACAGGACACACACAGAAGAGGUGACGGAGUUAUCCAAGGCUCUGAUCCGGACGGGACGUCUGGACCUCGUCAGGAGGCUGCUGGAAACAGUGGUGCCUAAACAGCUGGCUAAGAAGAAGAAAGUUGUUAAGUCGUUCUCUUUUACAUGAAGCAACAAUGCCUGCGAUGGACUGGCGACUUGUCCAGGGUGUACCGCUGACUCUCACCCAUUGGAGUGUAGGUGCUGGGAUGUGCUGCAGGAAAUCCCCACAACCCUGAGGUGAAGAAGCAGCUAGAUAAUGGAUGGACGGACAAUGAAACAAUGUGAUUUUUAAAAGAUACACAGAAAUAUUAAAGCACACCAGAUAAAGAGUGAUUUAAACAUGUUUUCACACCAUUUCACAGAUUUCAGUGACCAUUUGCUUUCUAUUAUUUUUCUAUUACAGAGUAGAGUUUAGAAAUAUGUGUACCUGUAUGUACUAAUGUGAAAAUAAA